AUGGACAGAGGCAGUGGAAACCCUGCGGUGAACAGCCUCCAGGUGAGCACCGAGGCAGGUCAUGAUACCGGACACACCUCCACUAAGGAUGUAAAGACCUCUUCCCUCGCCUCCACCUUCAAGUCCUCCAGAUCAGAUUCUCCACAACAACAGGCUUCUUCCCUGACUCUCACCCCUACCAGACGCAUCACACCACCCUUUGCCCCAACAAGUAUACCCACACAACCCUUAACCCCAGCGAGUAAACCCACACAACCCUUAAUCCCAACGAGUACACCCACACAACCCUUUAUACUAAGGAAUAUACCCACAGAUCGCUUCAUCCCAACAAAUAUAUUUACCCUACCCUUCACCACAACGAACACCGUCACCACAGCCAUCACCGAGUCAGUCACCAUCAAGGAUUCUCAAGUAGGCUUAUCCCAGCCAUGGCAUUCUCCCACCCUACCACCUAUAACAAAGCCCAUUGCACCACCCACAACACAACCAGUCAUACCUCCUACGGCACAACCCAUUACACCACCCAUUUCCUUCACUGGCCUGCUCAAGCCAUUAACUGUGCCGUUUAAUUUUCUCACACUGCCCACUACUAGUGACAAUAGCCCUCUGCAGUCCAUCAUUCCACCAUUGCACUUGUCACUACCAAACCUACGUCAUACAAGCUCACAACAUGGUGGGCUACUGAGACCCUCUAGAAAUUCAAAUAUUACACAACGUUUUGGAGCUGCUGUAAGAGCUUUCAGUGCUAUCACAAGCAGCACCGACACUUCCACCCUUGUAGAUACUACCAAUACUUGGUCUGCUCCCACGAGAGAUACAACUGAACCAGAAAUUGAAACGACAAAUAGCCAGACUCCCCGCUCUGACCCCUCAUUCACUAUGGUGCCCGGCAGAGUUGCCCGAAGACCAGGCAGAAGGUUUACAUUUAGUAGUAAUGGUGAAGAACCUUCACUUAAGCCUGUAGACGUUAAGAAUAUUGCCCUCAGACCACUAGUAGUGCGCCCUGCUAGCAAGACACGAACCAUCCCAAACACAUCCUCAGAAGUCACUCUCGUGUCACACUUUCCAAAUGCCACCCUGACUGAUCAAGUCACACAGCACUCCUUGUCUUCAGAACUUGCUCCACCUUUGGUAUCUAGCACUCCUCGAAAUUCCUUUGAACCUCGGUUUCCAGCGAAUCAUCAAAGGUUACAAGUUCCCACUGACUUCCUGCAGCCUCCAUCUCUUCAUCCCGUCUCCCUGGACCCCGUACCAUUCCUUUCUCCUGCUAACCUCUCUGCUAGCCCCAUCAGAAAUGUUAUUAAACAGGAAUUCCCCACUCCUUUGUUCACUCCAGUCAGAAACUCACGUGUCCGUGUAUUUGAACAGACUAUACCCGAGGCGCCCCAUGUUCAGUUCUCUUCCUCUAGGGGUAACCGUGAUUUCUUCAUCCCUACAAAUGAACUCUCACUUCCUGGGCCAGACUUAUCUCAAGUGGACCAAAACAGCUUAGACGAAGAGCUAAAGCACCAAGACACCAGCGAGCACCACCACCAUGAUGGAGAUGGUGGGUUCCACAUGACUAUGGUGUUCCCAGCACCCCCAGAGGAGAGGAUGGAAGAACUGCAACUUAACCCAGAGUGCCCGCGCUGCCACCCAGCCUUCCUCAGACCUGGGGAGUGCCAUCCUUGUGUUCUUAUAAAGUGAAACAAGUCUCAUCAAGUUAUAACGCAUGAUCCACAAUAAGAGAAUAACAAAACCAUCACAUCAACCCAAAUCUUGUGUGCUGUGUUUCUCAAGACUGCCCAAAUAACUCCCAGAUUAUGGACUCCAGGAAACCUAAUGAAACCUCAUUACAUCUUUUACAAUUCAACUUUAUUUCAUUCUUAAAAAUAAAUCUGUUUAUAGCACAGUACGUGUGCUUAGACUACAUCUUUAAAAGUUAGGUGUCAACUAACCAGAUUUAUUUUCUUACCUAGUAUUAUUACUAAAAGAAUUCUGCUUAUACAGUGGACCCCCGCAUAGCGAACGCCUUGCAUAGCGAACAAUCCGCAUAGCGAACGCUUUGUUCGCUAAAAUUUUGCCCCGCAUAGUGGACAAAAACCCGCUCAGCGACCUUCGUCCGAGACGCGUCCAAUGUGCGGCCUCAGCCAGCCUCACAUGUGCCGCCCGUCCCAUUGUUUACCAGCCAGCCUCCGCGGUAACAUUCAAGCAUACACUCGGAAUAUUUCGUAUUAUUACAGUGUUUUCGGUGCUGUUUCUGGAAAAUAAGUGACCAUGGGCCCCAAGAAAGCUUCUAGUGCCAACCCUGUGGUAAAAAAGGGUGAGAAUUAGUAUGGAAAUUAAGAAAGAUUUUGAAGGGUUUGGGGCUAACCCUGAGAAGCCUAUGCCAGUUGUGGAAUCCAUUGUGCCU